CGAACGCGUGAUCGAGAGGAAACAAAAGGAACAGGUGAACGAAAGUGAGAAACCGUUCACCGGAAGUGCAGCGGCCAGCUACCCCCGGCUUCAAGGUCGUGGAAUGACGCAUAAGAUCAUCCCGAGCGACGAGCAGGAGCAAGGCCGAGGGUGACAGAAGCGGUGGUGAUGAGCGGAUAUCUCGGUAACAUCACCCUGCCCCCAACGUUGUUGCACGACCCGAAGUAUCCUCCAGCCAUGCGGGAGAAAGACUCGAGUCCGAGAAAAAUGCCGGGCCACAUUAGCCCAAAACAAGCCAGCAUCUAUCCCCUAAGCGUUCGCGUUCCGGACGUCGAAGAAUUGCCAUACGACUUGAGUCACGGCCACGGUCGUGGUCUCUCGAGUCCGACGAAUCAACAGCAACACCAGCAACAGCCUCACAUGAGCCCAGCUGCCAGACCACCUCAAACUCACCAUCAAGAAGAUCUCGACUGCGAACCUCUCGAUCUUCGCGUGGAUCACAAAAAGGAAAGACUCACGGAUGAGAAUCAGAACGAGAUAGAAGUUCUAAAUCAGAACAGUCUCGGCGGAAGUCUUCCCUAUCACACAGUACUAUUCCCUCAGCAUCAUGCAGUUCAUCCAUUGGUCCUCGAAGCUAUGUACAGAUCGCACCACCAUAGUUCAUCCUCUGUUCCGGAUCUACCUAAGAUUCAAGUCAGAGCUCUGCCAACAAUGGUACCAUUACCGCCCAACAGAUUCUCCUCUACCACUUCUUCCACCUCGUCGUCUUCCUCGCAAGCAGCAGCGAGAGUUCCAAGUCCUUCGAGCGGACAACAACACCCGCCGCAGCAACAGAGUCAUUCCAGUCAACAACAGCAACAGCAACAACAACCACCCUCCAAUCUUCCACCGUACUCGAUCAGCGUCCAGGCUGGUCUGAAACCGAAGGACAGAUACUCGUGCAAAUUCUGCGGUAAAGUGUUCCCUCGAUCAGCCAAUCUGACGAGACACCUGAGGACUCACACCGGUGAACAACCGUACAAAUGCAAAUACUGUGAAAGAAGCUUCAGCAUUUCCAGCAAUCUCCAGCGUCACGUCAGGAAUAUUCACAACAAGGAGAAACCAUUCAAAUGUCCACUCUGCGAGAGAUGUUUCGGUCAACAGACCAAUCUGGAUAGACAUUUGAAGAAGCACGACGCCGAUGGACCGACGAUACUGGACGAAGUUAGGUCGAGGUACCAUGGACAGCUACCGAGAGCGGAUGAAUCUUACUUCGAAGAGAUUCGUAGCUUCAUGGGCAAGAUCACUUCGCAGAGACAAGGAAUACCGUAUUUCCCUGGGCUGUUGGGUCACGGAGGAGACGAUUUCAGGAACGACAAGCAACAGCUUCAGUUAGAAGAGAAGAGAGGCGAUUCUUCCUAUUUCAGCGACAGGGACAAUCUUAGCUCGAGGUCGAGCAGCACAGCCAGCAGGCCGGAGAGUGUCCAGGAGGAACAGAGGGAGGUUAAUUCUCCGCCGUUGUCACCGGGAAACAACACCUGA